AUGAUGGCGCUGAAAGAAUCGAUUGAAACGCGUAGUCCUAUGGUUAUCAUUUCAACAGUAGAAAAUGAACGUGUUCGAGAGCAGCUUAGCGAGAUGCGGCCUCGCGAGAGCAAUGUCGACACUAGUCAACCUCCAAAAAGGAAGAGGGGUCGGCCGCGGAAAAAUCCUGAGGAAGUGAAGCAUGAAGAAGUGAAGAAACCAAGAGCGAAAAGGAGAAGUCGUGCCAAGCGCGAUAGUUCCGACAGUAAUGAAGAAUUCAGCCUUGAUGAUGAUGAUAUCGAAGAAGAUGAGGAGGAUGAGUUGGAAGAGCCUGAAGAUGAUCCAAACGAUCCAGAAUUUGAGCCAAAUCGGCGAACCAGCCGUCGACAACGAAAGCCGGUCAAAACGUACAACACUAGGGUAUUAUUGAAAGAAGAAAUGUCAAAAGCUAGAGAAACGUUUAAAGUGAGCAGAGGGCGCGGACGUGGUCGCCCUCGUGGAAGUGGUCGAAGAGCUAACAUUGAUUUGAGUUUUCUGGAAGAUCCGAGACGAACACGUGUUACCGACGAAAACGAGUUCGAAAGGCUUCUUGACGAAGAGGUGGCACUGUAUGAACAGCAUCUUCCCAAAUUACCACCUGUGAUACCCGAUCCAAGUCAAAGGUUAUAUGUUGUUCGGGUUGAUUCAGUGGAAGCCCUUGCAAAUGCUGGCGCCGGUUUUCGUCUCAUGACCAGUUGUGUUACCGAUGACAUGAUGGUAUCGCUCUUUUUUGAUUGGGAGGUUCCUUAUUUAGGGGAAAAUAGUAGUUUCUUAGGGCAACACCCUAUUGUUGAGUUACGCCAUCUCACUACGGAUAGGUAUUUUGUCAAUAAUAAUGCCGAGGACGUGGUGCAACUUGCCCAAGUGCUGCGGCACGUGUGGAACCAACUUCCGUUAGGCAAACGCUUAGCCUGGGAAGACGCGGCGCACAAAGCAGCUCUGAAAAACCAUACAGCCAGGGACGACGGUGAAGCAGCAGGCGAUGAAUAUGUACAUGUCCGUAGUGAGGCUAUGCCAGUGCGAGAGUUCCCAUUUGGCCUGGAUCCUCAUCUGCCCAAUUCAUGGCGAGCGCAAGCUUUUAAUGGUCCUGCAGCAUCCGAUAUGAUCAGAAAACAAAGGCCUAUUAUAAGCUCUUGCUGCGACGUUCGCGAAACGUGGAAGUCUUUCAUUGAUGUGCAGGCUCAUCUUUUGGGUGGUCAUUAUACCGCUAUAUUCUAUGCUUGUCAUUUUUGCGGUGUUCUUUUUCACUCAGUAGAGGCACUUUUGACACACGUGGAUUGCGCGAGAUGGACAAGUAUGCUUCUUAAUCAAGUGGUAAAAGGUGGAGGGAAACAGAAGGUUGAAAUGAAGGUUGCCUACCUUUUCAUGGUAUGUACAGAUUGUGGCUUAUGGUUACCAAUACGAGUAAAUUAUCCACCAGAUCGGCUUCCUAAGGCGUGGUGCUUUUUUGCCACCGUUAUGGAGAGUCAUUCAUGUAAGAAGCUGGUACCUUUGCUAGUAUACAUGGCGGAGUAUGUAGACGUACCGUCCAGAGAUGCACGUCUUAUUAUCCACUUUGUUCCGUCAUUUUUGAAGUAA